GAUGACGCGGUGGUCAGGUGUCUCCUCAUAAAACGAGGGGAGCUGUCCAAGUGCUGAAAACAGAAGAGAACUGCACCGCUCCGGAGGAGAUGCCAUAAACCCUCACCACUGUCUGAGCUACAUUUCCAAAGGUAACAAAUAGCCUAUAAUGCUGCAUUUCCACCACAAGUUGCCCACGGGGGGAGCCAUGGUCCUGCUCGCCUUCCUCCUCCACGGAUGCGCCGUGCAGGCUGCGUCUCUCCCCCGCCACUUCAGGCUCCGAGGCGGGGAGAGUGAGGGGCAGCCGGCUGCCUACCCACCGAGCCCCGACAUGAUCAAAGCCCUGGAGUACAUUGAGAACCUGAAGCAGCGGAACGGGGGCCGACCCGAGCCCCUGGAUUACGACGAAGUGGACAAGUUCAAGAUCCUGCUUCAGCUCGCUGCGCAGCAGGACGAGGGUCCCGGGGAUCGCCAGCCUGCUCCCGGCGCGCAGAGGCAGGACAUUACCGCCGAGCAGCUCAUGAAAGCCCUGCUCAAGUCUCUGCAAGAUCAGGCCGGCAGGGAGACGAAGAUCAGCCCCGCAUCUGCGCCCAGGAACGACCGCCGGACGCACAGGCACCGCACCAAAGACACCGAAGUCCCCGAGAGCGCACCGCUAGACUACGGCAAUUUCCCCAGACCCCACAAGAAGUACCCGCUGAUGUUUGAGGACGAGGAGAACACAGACGCCUCAAAGCGAGCCACGGAGGACCUGGACGAGCAGUACACUCCCCAGAGUCUCGCCAAUUUGCGCUCCAUCUUCGAAGAGCUCGGGAGGAUGCCCACAUUCGGCGGCCAGAAGAGAGACGUGUUCGGGGACGACGAUGAUGAUGAUGAGGAGGAAGGGUUCAGCCUGAGGAGCCAGGCGUACGAGGACGUGGCCGGAGGAGAGGAGUGGGUCCCCGUGGAGGAGAGGGAGGAGACGGAGGAGAUGGUAAACGGCAGCCACGAAGAAAUGGCUCGGGCGCUCGGUGAGCAGGAGGAAGCCGAGAGGGAGGAGAUGCAACGCCGGGCCAACCAGAACCACGAGGGGGCUGAUGAUGACACCAAGCUGGUAGAUUAUUACCUGUUGAAGGUCCUGGAGAUGAGCGACCAGACGCAGAAGCGGGACAAGAUCGGGGAGCAGAGGAAGAGACUGAUCCGCCCCUCCAUCGUGGAUCCCCGGACAGUGAAGGAGCUGCUGGAGCUCUCCCUGAAGCUCCACGUCCCCCCACAGGACCUCAUCGACAUGCUGCUCACAGAGGAGCUCAGGAAGCUGCACCGCGACCGUCAAGCACCGGUGCGCUACACCACCGGCCAAACCCCAAAGAUCAGGUACUUCAGCCGCAGACUGCCCGUCAAGAGCAAGCCCCCCGCGGAGGACAUGGACAGGGAGGACUUUUUAGAUAUCAUCGGAGUGGAGACCAUCAGCAACGAGUAUCCCGUGGUGCAGAGACCCAUGAAGACCUCUCCCUCCUCGGACAGAAUCCCACUGGCGUCAAUCCCUGCUGCAAAUCCUGGUCCGGUCAAAAUCCCUUCUCCCGCCGGACGCAGGGAGAACCUGUUUUUAUCCGAGCUCAACAAGAUGCCCCUGAAGCGUCAGGCAGACGGUGCCAAUGAUGAAGAUGAGGAUGAUGACGGUGACGUGGAAGACGAGGUGACGACCUACCUGGCUGCCAAAAUCCUCACGGAGUACCCCAACACCAUCGCUAAGCGGGACACCCAGGCUCAGCUGAAGAGCAAGUUCCCCUACGAGCUGUACGAGCGCGCCAUGAAGGACUACCUGGGCCAAGCGGACACUGCGCUGAGGCCAGUGGCCAAGAGGGAGAGCGAGGUGGCCACGGAGGAGAGGGUAAAGCCCACAGAGGUGCAGGGGAAAGAGGAGAUACCGGCCAAGACCACGGCUCCACAGACCGUGAACGAAGAGGAAGAAGGGCACCGUGAAAUGACAGUGGCAGGGAUGUAGCCCGAUACCCCACCCCACACACACCCCCCACCCUGCAAGACGCACGAAAUUAU